CCUAACUACAGGGAUUAUGGCCGCGACACCGCCUCCGACUUCUGAAGAGCUCACCCAGGCUGCUAAUGCGGCUGACGGGACACAGGUCGAGGGCAACGGGGCCGCGGCCGAGGAGCCCAAGAAGAAGAAGAAGAAGAAGAAGAAGAAGAAGAAGGGUCUGCCUGGCGAUCUGAUCGGGGGCAAUGCCGAGUAUGUGGCGGCACAGCGUGCAAAGCAGACGGAUCCGCCGACCAAGCCGGUGAGGCGCCUGUUCAAGAACGCCGCGCUUUUCCCGGCGGGCGAGCUGAUGCAGUACGAGGACAACGGAGUGCGGUACUCGUCGGCGGAGAAGCGGGCUGAGGAGCGGGCGACUCGUGAGUGGAUCGACAACUGGCGUCUUGGCGCCGAGGUCCAUCGCCAGGUCCGCGCCCAUGCGCAGAAGCACAUCCGCCCGGGCAUGCUGCUGCGCGAGAUCGCCGAGCUCGUUGAGAACACGGCGCGGGUGCUCAUUGAUGAGAACGGGCUGGAGGCUGGGCUUGGCUUCCCGUGCGGCGUGUCGGUCAACAACUGCGCGGCACACUACACGCCGAACCCGGAUGAUGAGGACAUUGCGCUGCAGAGCGGCGACGUGCUCAAGGUGGACUUUGGCGUCCACUACCAGGGCGCGAUUGUGGACUCGGCCUGGACAUGGUGCGACGACCCGGUCAAGCAGCCGCUUCUCGACGCGGUCCGCGCUGCAACCGAGGCCGGCAUCAAGGCUGCAGGCAUUGACGUCCGCCUUGUUGACGUCGGCGCCGCCAUCGAGGAGGUGAUGACCUCGUACGAGGUCGAGAUCGACGGUGAGGUCUACCCGGUGCAGCCGGUCAACAACCUGUUUGGCCACUCGAUCGAGCCGUACAUCAUCCAUGCUGGCCACUCGGUGCCCAUCAUUGCCAACCAGACCGGCGUCACCGGGCGCAUGGAGGAGAACAUGACGUACGCCAUCGAGACCUUCGGCUCUAUCGCCGGCCGUGCCCAUGUUGUCGAGAAUGGUGACUCGUCGCACUUUAUGCUCGAGCCGCAUGCGCGCGGCCGCAUCGGCCUCAAGUCGGCCCAGCAGCUCCUCAACUUUAUCAAGCGUACCUUCAACACGCUGCCGUUCUGCCGCCGCUGGCUCCACCGCGCUGGUCAGACACGCCAUGCCGGCGCCCUCUCCUACCUCGUCAAGAACGGCUUUAUCUCCUCCCAUCCGCCGCUCCUCGACUCUGCCGGCUCGCUCGUUGCCCAGUACGAGCACACCAUCCUCCUCAAGCCGACCUGCAAGGAGGUUGUUUCUCGCGGUGAUGACUACUAAACUCAAACUCGAUUCCC